AUGAACUCUACAACAGGGAAUGGAUCGAUCGAGUCUUCGAGCUGCUUCAGUUUAACAGCGUCAAAGAUCGGACAGAUCAUUUCUCUGAGUCUGACCCUUGCUGUUUCGUUGGUCGGGAAUUCUCUCAUUGUAAUAAUCGUAUGCAAAACGCCAACCUUAAGAAAGCCGAUAAAUUAUUUCAUCGCAAACAUGGCCGUGUCUGAUCUUCUGUUUCCAAUAUUCUGGCUACCUUGGCGCCUGUCAGAGUUGCACUAUAAUGACAACUCGUGGUCGAUCGGUGGUCAGUUUCGCCAGGCCUUGUGCAAGAUUGUCCCUUUCUUUAGUUAUGUUUCCAUUACCGUUUCGGUUCAGAAUCUGAUUCUGAUAGCAGUGGAUCGAUUUGGAGCCGUGGUGUUUCCACUCCGUUCCCCAUUCAUCAGGUGCGAGCUAAGUCCUUUCUUCAUUCUUGCCACGUGGAUAGUUGCAGUGGCUUUCAGUUCAUCGUACUUGUUCGUCUUCGACCUCUUUAAAUACCAAGGGGAAACCGAGUGUAUUGAGAGAUGGAAAAAAGCAUUUGGAGAGUCGUCGUCCUUUACUGACUUUAUAGUAGCUUUCUUUAUAGUGUUUAUAUACCUCCCUGUGCUGUUGUUAGCCAUUCUUUACUCCAUCAUUCUUAUCAAUCUCAAGACACAAGUACACCCGGGUGAACAGUUCGCGAACACUCAGCAACAGCAGAACAGAAGAAACAGAAACGUCCUUCAGCUGUCCAUUACUAUCGUAACAGUGUUUGUGCUUUGCUGGUUACCUUAUACUACUAACUUUUUUAUCGUUCGAGCCGGUUCCAUACAUUUUUCCUGUGGUUUUCAGCUAUACUUUGAUGUCACCAUAUGUAUGGCCUCCUCGUACUGUGCUAUUAACCCGCUUAUCUGCUUUAUUUUUAGUAGUAAUUACCGACAAGGUCUUAAAAGAGUCAUAAAUAGUUCUACUGUCGUAGAGACGUAA